AUGUGGCUACUUCCGACGUCGCGAGCAAGUUGCGAUGCAGAUAUGAACAGAACCUGGAAGAACAUUCAGGCGCAGCGCAAUCUGACGGACAAGACGGCGCCUCAGUUGGUAGAGCGUGCGGCUGUUAACCUCAAGGUCGCUGGUUCAAACCCAGCUGGGAGAGCUCCUUUGCACCACGCGCUGUCCAGCCUCAUAUUGAGCAGCAUCUCGUGCACGACGUCGCUUUUGCUGUCAUUAGAUGCACCGAUUCUCCGUUAUCGACGCCAUCACCACCGUAUUGGACCGUUCGAAUGCGAUGCACGUUGCAACAUUCUGAUUGAUGGUCGAGUCCCACCCGGUCUUGGUGACAACAUCUUGGUUCCGUUCUUUCUUUGGUGUCAGUGUGAGCUCAAGCAAUCUAAUGCUGCCUGUGACCCGGUGUCAGCUGUCAGUGUGAGUGCUGGUCGUAUCCGAUCAUCAUCAGGAAAAUAUCCUGUCAUGUAA